AAGACUGUCAACAAACAGGCCGGUGUCUGCUGCACAAACUACAAACCAAACCAACCAAGUAUGAAUGAACUAAGGAAAACAUGAAGAAAACUAGGAGAAAUCAACUAAUAAAAUAAAACGUCUGAAUUCGCCGUUUUCCAGAAAAUUAACCGAUUGCAUGAGUCUCAGUAAAGCUGUUAUUGAUUAAUCGAACUUUGUAAAAAUAUACAUAUCAAUCAAAAUGACAGUUCAUGUCCUUUGUGUAACGUCUGCCGGAGGAUUACCUUUAUUCACUCGAAAAAAGGGUGAUGGUGAAUCGCUACCUUUCUCGAUUGUUGCAUCUCUGAACGGCGUACAUAUGUUUUGUAAGUCACAGGAUGUUAUUCUACAAACCACUUCUACGCAAGAUACCACUUAUGUUUGGGAUGAAUUUGAAGACAGCAUUGUGUUGGUGGCAGCAGCAUCUUGUUCUAGUGAAGUCAUUUUACGGAAGCUAUUAAAUGCAGUUUUUAAUUCGAUGCUCCUAUUGGUUGGAGUGGAUGAGAUCAGGAAUAUCCGAAACCCAGAUCGUUUGAAACGAGAACUAAGAGUGUGUUAUCCACUCAUUGAUAAGCUAAUGGAUGGAGUUGAUGGCAGUUCAGUUAACAUUUCCACUGUAACAUCUCAUACAAGCCAAAGUAGGAAUGCCAAUGCUUGCAAUGAACGUGAUUCUGGAGAGUCUUACUUUUGUGGAAAUCUUAUAGGUUUGUCAGAAACAUUACUUUGUUAUGAAAGCAAUGAUUUGCUGACAUGUUUGGAUGCAUAUGCAGAUUGCUUAAAUAGCCAGUUUGCGUGCCUUUUGGUGUCAGGGCGUGAACUUAUCGCUACUCCUGCAUGGGAAGAUUUACAUCCUCUGGAGCGUCAACUUUUGACGCUUCUCACAGUUGUAGCUUCUCCUUGCACCUCAAGUGAUACACCGGUGUUCCUUCCUUUCAAGAGUCCUUCCAUCCCAUUUAGACUAGUUUGGGUUCUUCUUGUCCCUGGAGUAUCAGUUUUGGGCUUGUGUGGACCUACACCAGGAUUGUCCGAAGCAGAACAUUUGGCCCUUCAGUGUUGGGGAUCGAGUGCAGAUCAUUUACGAUCCAUUACUCAGAUAGCUCCUAGAAAUUUCCCUCAUUCCAUACAUCUUGACGUCAAUGUUUUAGGGUUUUUGCUCAUCAAUUUAGACACUGGAAAAUAUGUGUUGAGCUACACAGCAAAUGACAAACCUGUUUGGCAUGCAAAUGAUAAACCUGAAACUGUGGCCGAACGCUGUAACCCCAUCAAUGCACCUUCAGCUAGUCACCGACUUCAUGUAUUGAGAACAUUUUAUUAUCAGGCUGCUGAAUCACUUCUAUUGACACAAGGUGAUUUGGAUUUUGUGAAGAAAGUAAAAUCUGAUAGCGUCAAAGAAAGCUCGGCUCUAGAGGCAUAUUGGUGCUCUGAAUACCACAAAUGCCACGGUAUCCGUAGAAGCACAAAUGUAUUAUGUGUUUUGUAUGGUUCUUCCGUCCCUACACAUACAAUGAGAUUGCUGUCUCAACAAACAUUAAGCAUUCUCACUACUGACAAACAGCUACGCUGGUGAAUAUUGUAAAGUACUAACAUUUUUGUUACUUUAUUUUAUAGCUUUAUGAUUGUUUAAUUAAAUUCCUUUUAUAUUUUUGUAAAAUAAAUAUUUUAAAGCAGAACUCAUGUUUUGAUAUCAAAAGCA